GCAGAACCAUAGCUCGGUCCAAACACCAUGAUCUCACCUCCGUAUCUCCAUGUGCGUCGCCAGCUCAGCCCAGCCAUGUAUGGCGAAGUGGUCGAGUGCAACCUCCCUAACCACGAGGAACCUGUUGCAGUCAAGUGCAUCUCGCUCACAAGAGCAGCUGAUGCUCGAGCUCGAAUCCAAGGCGCAAGGGAGAUCGAUAACCCGCUUCAAGAGCAACGCGUGGCAGCACUGCUAGCGGCCAACGGUGGCCAUCGCAACGUCGUGCAGCCCUACUUGCACUUCGUCCGCGACGAGACAUUGUACCUCGUCAACGAGCUGUGUGGAGACGGAGAUCUUCAUUCUCUCGUAGCUGCGAGAGUCGACGCAUCGACGUUCCUGACUGAGCGAGAGGUGGUAUCGCUAAUGCGGCAAGUAUUGGAAGGGGUCUGCUAUCUACACACGGUGUUGGGCAUCGCCCACCGAGACUUGUCUCUAGAAAACGUUUUGCUAAGUCGAGGUGUGUGCAAGAUCACGGAUUUCGGGCUCUCCACAGACGCUCAGAUCAUUUGCGAAGGCGGCCAAGUGGGAAAGGAAUACUACAUGGCACCAGAGAUCGUGGCAGGUGAGCACUAUGACCCCGCGUUGGCCGACGUGUGGUCUCUCGGGAUCAUGUGGUUCAUCUUGCUGACGGGCUCCCCGCUGCUACCUCUCGCCUCACCAUCCACGAAAGGCUUCAAGGCCGUGGCUCAGCAUGGCGUCGGUGCCGUUUUCGUGUCAUGGGGUCAUUCGAAUCGCAUUUCGGUUAGCUCUAUAACACUGCUGAAAAAGAUGCUCCAGAUCGACCCGCGUCACCGUAUUUCGCUGUCCCAAGUUUUGGCUGACCCCUUGUUUGCCGCCGCUGUGACCAAGCUGCUUACGUAG